ACCGAACUACCUAACCUACAUUUGUGUUUGUCAUUUUAGGUAAUAUUUUGACAGAUUUUUACUAUAAGCAUAAGGAUUAGGUAAUAAUAAAAUAAUGUCGUCCAUACUGAGAAAAUUAACACAAGUAUCCAGAAAACCCUUCAAUGUGAAUAUACCUGGAAUUAUUUCGGUAUCACAUAAAUUAUCCACGGAAGCAACCAAGGAAACUAAACCUACCAUUAGGAAAGUACAACAUGGUGCUGUCGAUAAGCUCAAAGAUUUUGGGAAGUAUGUCGCAGAAUGCAUGCCUAAGUAUGUUCAGAAAGUUCAAAUUGCAGCUGGUGAUGAAUUGGAAAUUUUGAUAGCUCCUGAGGGUGUUGUGCCAGUAUUGCAAUUUUUGAAAGAUCAUCAUAAUGCUCAGUUUGCUAGUUUAGUUGAUAUUGCCGGUAUGGAUGUACCAACUAGACAAUUCAGAUUUGAGGUAAUCUACAAUCUUCUAUCCUUACGAUACAAUUCCAGAUGCCGUGUUAAGACAUAUACAGAUGAAUUAACACCUAUUGAAUCUGCUUGUGAAGUGUAUAAAGCAGCUAAUUGGUAUGAAAGAGAAGUUUGGGAUAUGUAUGGAGUCUUUUUUGUAAAUCAUCCUGAUUUGAGAAGAAUACUCACUGACUAUGGAUUUGAGGGACAUCCUUUCAGAAAAGAUUUCCCUUUGAGUGGAUAUGUAGAGGUACGGUACGAUGAUGAAAAGAAGAGAGUUGUAGUAGAGCCAUUGGAAUUAGCACAAGAAUUCAGAAAAUUCGAUUUAUCAGCGCCUUGGGAGCAAUUCCCUAAUUUCAGAAAGGGAAGUCAAAUUGCAGAAGAGGUUGAAAUCAAGAAGUGAUUGGUCUAUUUGCUUCAAUAGACACAAUAAAAACACUUUAAAAUUUGUAUUUAAGAUUAUAACUGGAAAUAAAAUUAUUUGAACUGAAAAAA